AUGAUCCCAAAAGGCACACUCUCAGUCGCCAGCCUAGCGUCACAGUCACAUCCGGCUCUCCCACCUGCAGUCUUAGCCCCGUGGGCAGCUCCGCACAGGACUACUCCAUCAGCAUGUCCGGUCUCGGCCAGUGUCGCGGCUGCCUCACGCCGGCACGCAAGCAACGUCGGGGCGUCCAGUGCUGGUAGCCACCAUUGCCACGAGUGGCCAAAGUCUCACAAGCCAUCACCGUAUGAGAUAUUUGGACAGCAUCGACAUGCACCUUACAGCAAGGCCAAGUUCUAUGAGCUGGUCAAGAUCUACCACCCGGAUACGCACCGAAACGGCUCCUCUCGGUCUCCCGUGUCUGACGCGGUCCGUCUCGAGCGCUAUCGACUCAUCGUUGCGGCCAACAACAUCCUCUCCGACCCUGUUAAGCGGCAGUCCUACGACCGCUUCGGCCUCGGUUGGGAUGGCCCCGCCGGCGCCGAGACGGCCGCACGAAACGCUGCGUACCGUUCCUGGCGUGAGGAGCCCGGAAACCCGAGCAUGAACGCCACAUGGGAAGACUGGGAGCGCUGGUACGCCCAGCGGGACGGUCGGGUCUAUGCCAAGCAGCAGCCCGUGUACAUGCCCAACGGCAUGUUCGUCUUUGUGCUGUGCCUCCUCGUCAUGGUCGGCAGUGUCGGCCAGGCGCGCCGCGCCAGCGCGAGCACUCUGAAUCUUGUCGAGAUGCGCGAGCAGAACCACAUGGCAAUCAGCGACACGAUGCGCAAGCGGCAGGUGGACCAGGCUACAUUGAACAGGCACGAGAGAGUAGAGCACUUCCUUCGCCAGCGUGACGGCUGGCGGCUUGCCGAGGCUGACUCUCGGGAGCACAAUCAUUCGGAUGAGUCUAGCAACAAGUGA